AUGUGUGUGCAGGUCAACCUCUUGUUUACCUGCGGACAUCGCAGUUUCGAUCGGAUCGACAACUGUCGCGAUUUGGGGGUAAAAUGCUUCGGGCCAUCCUCUAAGCACCGAGACACGAAUAUCGAGGGGGAAUGCGAGGAGUGCACCAAGAAGCACUCAGACACGAACAGCGGAGUGCUGAAAAAAGACCCAUGGGGGCGAGACAGUCCCUGGUACGGCAAACAGAACGGCGAAAACCACUCCAAAUAG